AUGGCAACCUCUAGUUCCUUAUCUAACACUCCCGAAUCCAAGCUGCAGUCAUCUCAUACUGCUGGUUGUUCACUAGAUGAAAUAGAACGAGCAAUUAAUGAUUUUUACUCGGCUACAAACUCAUCUAUUGUUAAUCGACAACAAUUGAACUCAUUUCUUGAACGUUUACAAUAUUCACCAUUAGCAUGGGAUUUUUCAUGGAAAUUAUUACAAACUACUAAAACACAAAGUAUACAAUUUUUUGGAGCUGUUGCUCUUUGUAAUAAAAUAUCAAAACAUUUAGCCGAACUAGAUGAUAAACAAUUGCAGUUAGUGUUCGAACAACUUAUACAAAAAAUUAUAUCUUAUGUGUCAAUUAAUUCAAAGCAAAUAGUCGUUAAAUUGAUUGUUGCACUUGGACAUCUUAUUCUUAAUAUGAUGCCGGACAAAUGGCCAAAUAUAAUGACAAAUAUCAUUAACAUUUUUACACAAUCAUCAAAUGAUUUUCUUUGUAAAUAUCCAGAAAAGACCCAUAUGAUAGUACUAGAUAUUUUAACCAUUCUACCAGAAGAGUUCUCUCGGAUAGUUGUUCCAAAAAGUCAACGUGCAUCUAUACGUCUCGAGCUUGAACGACAAUUUGUUACAGUUUUAUCUUAUAUUCAAUACAUUAUCUCAAAUUUUAACCAUGUGGAUGUUUUAUGUAAGAUGUUUGAUUGUCUCUCAAAAUGGCUUGAAUUCGGCAUACCCAUAUUAAAAUUUGAAACAAUGUUUGAUUAUUUAUUCAAUGCAUUAAAUAGUGUGCAAUUAUUUGAUGAUGCUUGCGAAUGUAUUAUUGUACUAUUCACUUCACCAGACGCACUAAAAUAUCCAGCUACAUUUACUGGUCUCCUACCUUACGUUCUGAGUCUUGAAACGUUGUUAGAUCAUGCAUUGUCGUCUGGUGAUAAAGAAAAAUGUGAAAGUUUAACAAAAUUGAUUACAACGUUUGGUGAAAAUCAUGCUCAAUUAUUACUACAAUUAGCAUUAACAAUGUAUCCACAGCCUCAACAAUUAUCAAACAAUUUUUGUAGACUUGUUAUGCGUUGUACUGAUAUGAAAGGACAAUAUCCAAUCGAAGAAACAUGUUCAGAAUUGACAUUCAGUUUUUGGUACGCGUUGCAGGAGGAAGUAACUUCGACUGAGGAUGAUAACAAACAAAUAAUUUUAAUGGGAAUAUUUCGUCCUUAUUUUAUACGUCUAAUUGAAGUGCUGAUCAUAAAAGGACAAUUGCCAGAAAAUGAACAACAAUAUACAAGCGAAGAUAAAGAAACAUUUCGAUGUUAUCGUGUUGAUAUUGGCGAUACAAUGAUGUGUAUGCAUAAUGCUCUUGGCAAUGGAGCGUUAGAAGUAUUAGCUCAACAUUUGGCUUUAGCUGUUGAUCAAAAUUUAUCGUGGCAGCGACAAGAAUCGAUAAUGCAAUUGAUUGGUGCUGGAAGUGAAUAUGUUCCAUUAGAUGAAAAUAUUUAUUUACCUAGAAUAUUUUCACUUUUGCGGAAAAUGAAUUUUUGCAAUAGUUCAAUUAUAAAUACUACAUUAAUGGUUUUGGGACAGUAUAGUAGUUGGCUAGGACACCAUCAAGAAACACUCCAAAAUUGUGUUCACUUAUGUGUAAAUGCAUUAUCAAAUCCAGAACUAAUACAGUCAGCUUCAAUUGCUUUGAAAGAAUUAACAAUGGAAAAUCGAAUACAUAUGUCCAAAUAUUUGAAUGAUGUGUUUCCAAUAAUCAAAACUGUUCUCGAAAAUGGAAAUUUGAAUGCAAACGAUCGUAUUCGUUGUGUAGCCAUUAUUGGUUAUAUCUUAUCCGCUUAUCCAUCAAAAGUUGUUAUUGAUCAUUUGAAUAUUCUAUUAGCUCCGGAAGUGAAUAAAUUAUUAGGAUAUUUACAAAAUACAGAUAAUAGUUCAUUAGCUGUAUGUAAACAAAAUAUUUGCACAACAUUAAGUUUUAUGUCUGUAUUAAUUACGGCCAUUGGAUAUUGCGGUGAUCAAAGUGAUAAUGAUGAAAAUGACCAACAACAACAUAAUGGCUCAUCGGCACUGAUAGAUACAUCGGCAGCACCAGAAGUUCUUACAAGUUUUAUGCGUGAUCUUGAUCCGAUUUUACAUCUUGUAUUAAAACAAUAUUCUGAUGAUAACGAAGUAACAGAGAAAAUAUGUGAAAUUCUUUCUCGAACAGUGACAACAUUAAAAGAAGCGAGUAGUCCAAUAUUGAUAACAUUAUUACAAUUGUUACAAUGUAUCGGACCAAAUAUUUUACAUUUACAAUUUUUAAAUUUUAGUCUUUUAUUAUUUUCUCAAGAUACGGAUAAAACCACAUUUAAUUUAUUUCUUGCUGUUUUGCAACGUUUUGGUUGUCUAUUUAACGGUGAUCUGAUGUGGUUAAAAAAUCAUGUUGAUAUCGUUGAAGAUUUUGCUAAUUUCCUUAUACAAGUUAUUAAAAAGCUACCACAUGUUGUUAACCGUUGUCCAAAUGAGGCACUUGUUCUUUUAUUCGAGUUUGUGAAAAACGGUAUCCAGUUACAUGAACAAAGCACAUUGAGAAGUGUGACGAUGUUUAUGGCAAAUUACUUUGAAUAUUGUAAAUUGAAUAAUCGUGCCGCUGAAUUAUUACAAAAAAAUGGUCUUGAAAUUGUUAGAAUUUUACUAAAGGCUAUUGGCGGUGCUAGUCCAAGACAUUUAGUUGAUAUACUAUCAUUGCCAUUAUUUACACUAUCAAAACUUUAUAUUGAUUGGGCAAUAAAAUGGGUUCAACAAUGUCUAAGUGAUCCAAACUUUCCCACUCCAGCUGCCACUAAAGAACAUCGUGAAGCAUUAAUUAAAGCAUUAACACGUGAACGGUCAAGUCGAGCCAAUUUUAAAGAUCAUAUGAAUACAUUUUCUCAAGCAUGUAGAGGCUUCGUAGGACUUGAUCCUCGAUUUUGA